CGGAGUGAGAGCUUCAGAGGCGUCAUCCAUCGAUCAUGAGCUCUCAAGAGUCUCAGUCGCACCACACGAUCGGUUCAAAUCCCUAUGUCCUCAUCUCUUCCACCCCGUCCUCUGAGAGGAGGGCGACGGACAGGGUUUUCGACACGUUGAAUCGGUGCGGGAAGAAGAUGGAGGAUGCCACCCGCAAGGCUGAGGCAUUUGCCGACGGCGUCCGUAAUCACCUAAAGUUCAGCCCUAGCAUCGCAGAUGCGGCCAUGGCAAGGCUUGCUCAGGGAACAAAGCUGAUCACGGAAGGGCAUCAUAGAGUGUUUCAGCAAGAGUUUGGGAUCUUCCUCCCAGGGGAGAAGCUCUUAGAUUCAUUCGCCUGCUACGUUUCAACCACUUCUGGCCCAAUCAUGGGAACCAUUUACGUAUCCAGCAUAAGGGUUUCCUUUUGCAGCGAUUAUCCCUUACGUUACCCCUCCCCCUCCGGCCACCCACCAUCUGCAUACUACAAGGUGAUGCUUCGGCUGGAGGAUAUAAGGAGCAUAAGUCCGUCGGCAAACAGAGGGAAGCCGUCUGAAAGAUAUAUACACGUGGUCAUGCAAGACGGGUUUGAGUUUUGGUUCAUGGGUUUUGUCUCGCACGACAAGGCCUUCAAGUGUCUGAACCAUGCUUUACAGCUCCUCUAUUAACGUGUCCGAGACCCCACGUGGACUAAUCUGAUGAAUAUCUUGGUAUUAUUCGUUUUAUGAAUAAAUUGAUUAGUGUUGUAUCGAAAAUAAUAACAACAAUGGAUGGUUCUAUUGGGAAUCCAGGCAAGUUGGUUAAGGGGUAUGACGGGA